AUGCCUCUCCCCCCUAUGCCUACUACUACUACCACUAUUACUAGGCCUGCUACUACUGCCCCUACUAGGCCUACUACUACUACCACUAUUACUAGGCCUGCUACUACUGCCCCUACUAGGCCUACUACUACUGCUGCUGCCCUUACUACUACUACUACUACUACUACUACUAUAGCUCCUCCCACCUCUCUUUCCCUUAUUCCUAUAGGGGCCUUCCUCCCCCUAUAUAGGGUUGUAUGCAGGCCCUUUUUUAUUAAUUUAAUAAGA